GCUCAAGGGGAACUUUGCCAGAUGAGGCCGGUGACGGCGGUGACAGCGGGCGGGGCGGCGGGCUGCGCAGCGUUCACGCCCUCCGCUGGGCUGGGCCCGGUGGGUCCUCAGGCCGGGAGCGCUCCGGGCAGGGCGAGCGGGCUUGCGAGGCGCGGGUCGGACACAGCGCCAUGCGCGGCCUUCCUGCCUGGCCGCUGUGGCUGCUCGUGAGGCGGCCCGCCGCCGCUCGCUUCUCUGAGCCCCGGCCGACUGGCCUGGAGCUGGCGCGACCUUGGAGCCUGGGGCCGUGGCUCCUCGAGAAUGCUUCAGUGGUGCAGGGCCCGCGCCGCUGGACUAGCAGCUGCCCGGGCAGGGGUUCCGCUGGGCCCGGAAGCGGGUCGGGCCUCGUGCGGCUCCUGGGCCCGGGGGCGCGGCACCAAGGAGCCUGCAGGUGCGGACUACUCGCCCGGGCCGGCGCCGCCGCCUUCCCGCGUGUUGGGCUUCCGCGCGGUCCCGCCGGCGUCGCCAGGGCUCGGAGCGAAGCAGGGGGGCGCGGACCGGCGCUGCCUGCGGCCGUGGAGACCCCCAAAGACGACUCCCGGCUCCGCCGCGCGGUGGCCGGACGUUCGGAAGCCAAGAAACUGCUCCGCCUGGCGUAUCCCGAGCGCUGGAGGCUGACAGCUGCAGUUGGGUUUCUAGCUGUGUCCAGUGUCAUCACCAUGUCUGCUCCCUUCUUCCUGGGGAAGAUAAUUGAUGUCAUUUAUACAAACUCUUCUUCAGACUACAGUAGCAACCUGACUCACUUCUGCUUGGCACUCAGUGGUGUGUUCCUGUGUGGUGCUGCUGCAAAUGCUGUACGUGUCUACCUCAUGCAAACUUCAGGUCAGCGCAUUGUGAAUAGAAUGAGAGCUUCAUUAUUCUCCUCCAUUCUGAGGCAGGAGGUUGCUUUCUUUGACAAAACUCGCACAGGAGAAUUGAUUAACCGUCUCUCAUCAGACACAGCACUUCUGGGGCGCUCUGUAACUGAAAACCUCUCAGAUGGGCUCAGGGCUGGUGCCCAGGCUUCUGUUGGCAUCAGCAUGAUGUUUUUUGUUUCACCUACUCUGGCCACUUAUGUUCUAAGUGUGGUGCCACCAAUAUCCAUCCUUGCUGUGAUUUAUGGACGCUAUCUACGAAAACUUACCAAAGUCACACAAGAUUCUCUGGCACAAGCCACUCAGCUAGCAGAGGAACGUAUUGGAAAUAUAAGAACUGUUCGAGCUUUUGGGAAAGAAAUGACUGAAAUACAGAAAUACACCAGCCAAGUGGAUUAUGUAAUACAGUUAGCAAAGAAAGAGGCCCUUGCUCGGGCUGGCUUCUUUGGUGCAACUGGACUCUCAGGGAACCUCAUCGUGCUUUCUGUCCUGUACAAGGGAGGGAUGCUGAUGGGCAGUGCCCACAUGACAGUGGGUGAACUCUCUUCCUUCCUUAUGUAUGCUUUCUGGGUUGGAGUAAGCAUUGGAGGUCUGAGCUCUUUCUAUUCAGAGAUGAUGAAAGGAUUGGGUGCUGGUGGACGUCUUUGGGAGCUCCUUGAGAGAGAGCCUGAACUUCCUUUUAGUGAAGGAGCCAUUAUAAGUGAGAAAAACUUCCAGGGAGCUUUGGAAUUUAAAAAUGUGCACUUCGCCUAUCCAGCUCGCUCAGAGGUGCCCAUAUUUCAGGAUUUCAGCCUUUCUAUUCCAUCAGGAUCGGUUACAGCACUGGUUGGUCCAAGUGGUUCUGGCAAGUCAACAGUUGUUUCUCUUCUGCUGAGGUUAUAUGACCCUGUCUCUGGAACCAUCAGUCUCGAUGGCUGUGAUAUCCGUCUGCUAAAUCCAGCCUGGCUGAGAUCCAAGAUUGGCACAGUGAGCCAGGAACCAAUUUUAUUCUCAUGUUCAAUUGCUGAAAAUAUUGCUUAUGGUGCGGAUGACCCUUCCAUGGUGACAGCCAGGCAAAUAGAGAAAGUGGCUGAUGUUGCUAAUGCAGCCUCUUUCAUCAAAAAUUUCCCUCAAGGUUUCAACACUAUGGUUGGAGAAAAGGGCGUUCUUCUUUCAGGUGGGCAGAAACAGAGGAUUGCAAUUGCCCGUGCUCUCCUUAAGAAUCCCAAAAUUCUUCUCCUAGAUGAAGCAACCAGUGCACUGGAUGCUGAAAAUGAGUACUCUGUACAAGAAGCUUUAGAUCGACUUAUGGAAGGAAGAACAGUGUUAAUUAUUGCCCAUCGUCUGUCCACCAUUAAGAAUGCCAAUAUGGUAGCUGUUCUUGACCAAGGAAAAAUUACUGAAUAUGGGAAACAUGAAGAACUUCUUCUAAGGCCAGAUGGAAUAUACAGAAAAUUAAUGAACAAACAAAGUUUUAUUUCAACAUAAACAAUUACUAAUAAAUCAAGUAUCAGAAACUUUAAGAUAAAACAGCAUUGCAGGAAAAGGAAAACCUUAAAUCUUGACUAUGAAAUCUACAAUUCAUACUUCAAGAUUUUGAAUAUGCCUAUUAUUUCUAAUAUGUAUUAGAUAUUGUCUUGUGAGGUACCUGUUUUCAAGAUCUUUUUACUCAGAAUUUUAAUGUUUGCAACUUUCUGAAUGUCUGUGAAACGAUUUUCAGGUUUUGUACUUUGUUUUUCUUGGAACAUUUUAAUAAUAUAGUAUGGCACCUCAUUUUCUUUUACCUCUUGUUAUAAGUCGCAUGACAACUUUUUAAAAGGGAAUUAUAACUUAAAAGCCUGACAGUUUUAGACCAGUUUACCAGUCACUUUUCUGAUCUCUGGAGCUUUACUAUAUCAGGCUCACUUUUAGAUGAAACUGAAGUUGAAAGGCAGAGAAAAAGAGAAAGAAACCACAGCACUGAAGCUUUUUUCAUUCCGUCCUUCUUUCUCCUCCUCCUCCUCCUCCUCCUCCUCCUUCUUCCUCUCUCUCUCUCUCAACCAGAGCACUGCUUGGCUCUGGUUUAUGUUGAUGAGGUGAAUUAAACCUGGGACUUUGGAAUCCACCCACACUGAAGCAUUCUUCAAUGUCAUUGUGGCAGUGCUUGAACCUUGCUCACAUACAUGGCAAAGCAGUGAACUGUCUAAGUGAGCUAUUUUGUUGGCCCUGGUAUGAGAGUUUAGAUGUAUUCCUCUGGGAUGAGACUGUGUGAAUAUUUCAACAUUUUUGGCACAUGUGAGUUUGAUUUAUGAGUUUUUAAAAGGAAGGAAGCCCCAUUCUUUGAACUAGAAUUUUUUGGAAACUAUUUUCAUUAUUCAUAUAGUUUGUUUCUAUAAAUACUUUAAAAAGUGAGGCAUCGGGAGUUGGGCGGUAGCACAGAGGGUUAAGCACACGUGGUGUGAAGCACAAGGACAGGCAUAGGGAUCCCUGUUAGAGCCCCCAGCUCCCCACCUGCAGGGGAGUCGCAUCACAAGUGGUGAAGCAGGUCUGCAGGUGUCUUUCUCUCCUGCUCUCUGUCUUCCCCUCCUCUCUCCAUUUCUCUCUAUACUAUCCAACAACAAUAACAACAAUAAUAACUACAACAAGAAUUAAAAAACAAGGGCAACAAAAAGGUAAGUAAAUAAAUAAAAUAUAAAGAAUUCUUAAAAAGUGAGGCAUCAAGAAAAAUAUAAAAAGUUGAGUUUUAGAUCUAUUUUGUCUGAACCCAUAUAUUUUGAAAAUUGUACCUUAAAAGUGUAUGUGUAAUUACAAAAAAAAAUUUAUGAUCUUGAAAUUUCAUUCACUGAAACUUAAACCUGAAUAAUAUAGCUACAAUUUUAAACUUUAAAAUAUUUGACGCUUAGGGGGCAUACUUGGUUAAGUGCACUUGGUUAAGUGCAAGGACCUGAGUUCAAGCCCCUGGUCCCCACCUGCAGGAUGGGAGCUUCACGAGUGGUGAAGCAGUGUUUCAGGUGUCUCUCUGUCUCUCUUCCUAUCUACCCUUCCCCUCUCCAUUUUUCUCUGUCACUAUCUAAUAAAUAACAAAUGCAAAAAAUAAAUACAAUAAAAUUUAUUUUUAAAAAAUUUGAAGUUUAGAAGUUGUUGCUAUUUUACAGUCUCAAAAAAUGUAAGAAUGUAUAAUUUUGACAAGACAUGAACCACACUUUUUUUAUUUAUAGUUUUAUUUACCAAAGUGUUUAAAAAUUACUUAGUACUAACAGUUACUGGAUUUGCCAUAUGUCACAUUUACACUUGUUAAUUUACUGUUACUUCUAGAAAAUAUGCUUUUCUACAAUGAUUGUGCCACAACCUGAGAAAUAUUUGUUGAUAUGAUUAAAAUGAAAGGUCUCAUGUACUCAGUAUUCAUUAGUUCUCUAGUUAUAUUGAAAGAAAAUACCACUAUUUUGUCAUGACCAUGGGAGGAUUAUAUUUCACUAUAUAUAAGGGUAUUUAAUUAGUAGAUUUUAUCAGUUCAUUGUAUGUGAAUAAAAAUCAAGUACAUUGAAUACAAGUACAUAAUAUUUUUUGAAUUAGUAAACAGUACAUCUGUGACAGUCAUUUGAACUGGCUUUCCUUAUCAUCUUUAUACAGUUUAUUAUUAUGUUAUGGGUCUCAGAGAGCAAACAAGAUAAAAUUUUAAGAUUGAAUCUGAAGGAGGUUGCUUUGUGUCAUUGAAGUAUUUACAAAAUUGAAUGUGAUAAUUAUAUUUUAUUAUAUAAUGUUCAAUUGUGUCUUUAGUGUGAUAUUUUAUAUCAUGGAUUAAAAUUUAUAGUGAA